CCCUUAAACCCCUUUUCAAUUUUUGAUUUAAGUGUUCUGAACCGAAUCCUUACUCCGGAAACCUUAUCUCUUUUCUUUGAGAAUCAAAUGGUAGAAUGCUCGUUAGGAUAUCUGUAACUAGUCCUUCCUUGUGAGGUUUGUUUGCUGCAUGUUUGUUUGUUUAUGUGCUUGUAUUUUAAUUUAUAUGUAUGUGUGACUUCAAGUUCUGAAUCAUCAAUUUUGGAAUGAAGUUUSAGUUUAUUAUGUUAUGACAUAAGUUGAUAUUCUGUUGAAAAGUAUGCUACUGUGUUGCUACUUGCUACUAUAGUUGUUCACUAUGAUUAUGGAAGCAUGCUGCUGCAUUGAAAUUAUUAGGUUGUGAGCAUGACUUAGACUAAUAUAUGUGUGUUAUGUGGUUAUGUAGCAUGCUGUGAAUUGAAUGAUGCUAGCUUGGUCAUGGAUUCAAAGUAGAAAGCAUGUUUUAGGACUUAGAUUGUGAGUUAUGGGAUUAUACCGGGGAAGUUGAAUUAAGUGGGUGAAUAUUAGAGCCUUGGGUAAAAAUAGUUGGGGGCUAAUAUGCCACUAUUGAGUGUCGAGGCUUUAGGUAAAAAUGGUCGAGGGUUAAUGCGAUGAGUUUAAUUUAAUUGGAGGCAAGUAUUGGGCCUUGAGGAAAAUAGUCAAUGACCAAUAUGUUACGAAGUCAUCGAGGUCUUGGGURAAAAGGGAUGAAGCAAUUUGGGGCCUCGAGUAAAGAUGGUCAAAGGUCAAAUAUCAAGUUUGUAAUGAAAUGUCGAAGCUUUGGGUAAAAAUGAUCAAGGGACGAUAUGACUUGAAAGAGUAAAUCUUGAAGGGGUUGGAAAGAGUUGGAUAUAACUUGAAGAGUUAGAAAGAAAAAGGAAUUUGGCUCAUGUGGUAUUUUAUGCAUGCAGUAUUUUGAAAAGUGCCUUGAGGCGUGUGCYUAGGCACUGGGCGCAAUAGUGGUGCCUCUCCUUGAAAAGGCAAGGCAGAAUUAAGUUGGGGCACUUUAAGUGCGCGCCUCCCUCAAGGCCCAAAAGCCCAAAGCCUUUGUGCUUUACAAGUAUCUGUCGGAAAAAAAACUAACAACCCUAAAUGUAGAAACCCUUGCAUUUAAGGUUUUUUUUUUAAUUGCGAAGGCUGUUGGUUGCAAAAUCAGGCUAAAGCCUAAACCUUUAUCUAUUUCUCAAGAUUUUCCACCCACGACUUUCGAUCCUUUCCGUACAUUUGCAAUUGUGAUACUAUUUCGGGAUUGUUUCAUGUUUUUUGUGGAGCAUUAACUCAUUAUGUUAGAAGACUUGCAAUGUUUGAAUCAUAUUUUACUUUUGUAUGUCAAUUAUAACUUAAUAUCUAGUAUAACUUCUUUAUUUCCAUAUAUGUUUAUGUAUAUAUACUUUUAUGUAAUUUUAUAUAUUGUGCGCGGUGCACCCCACGAAAAAAAGCAUGCACUUUUUUUUUUGUGCCUUGAGCUUAAGCUCCAGGGACUAUUGCGCUUUGUGUGCCUCGAGCUUAAAAAAUACUGUAUGCCUGAUGAUAACUUAUUGUUUGAUGUGAGUUUUAAGCAUGACUACAUUAUAUAUUUAUGAGUUAUACUUGUAAUAAUUGAUGUUUUAAGCAUGUUGUUGUCAUGAUUAUCGAUGUGCUUAAUUGUUUGUGUGUGGCUUCUCAAGUGGGGCUUGCCGAGUAUUCACAUACUCACCUCCCCUAAAGAUUUUGCAGGUAGCGAUGAAUUAUGUGAGCAUGGUGAUGGCAUAGAGAAGACUUGAAUGGAAAAGACCAUAUGGCUGCGUAUUUAGAAUGUUAUAUUUGGUUACUUAAGCCGAGGAAUAGGGCAGUUUCAGUUGAUUCCCAUUUCUAGUAUAGGUUUUUCCGUGCUUUGGUUGGUUGCUAUUUAAAUGUCUUGGAAUUAAAAUUGUUAGCAAGAUAGGUAGAAUAGAUGAUUCUUUUGUUCCAUUUGGAGGCAAUUUGAUUUUAUUGAUCUGUUUAACGAAAAGUUCUUGAUUAUUAGUUGAAAUCUAGUUCCAAUUUAUGARAGUAGUCUUUAUGCAUUAUUCAAACAGAAAUUGAUUGGAUGGUCUUAGUAGUGUUCCCAUUUUAGAGGUAGACAAUUUGGGGGCGUUAUAGUUGGUAUCAAAGCAGAGAGUUGUUCCUGUACACUAGCCUAGUAACUAGGUUGUUCGUGUUAAUGGUCUUUUUCAGUCUCCUCUCCAUCACCAGGUACGUGGAUUUGUUUUACCUUAUUGAUAUUUGGUUCUGAUAUAUGUAUCUUUCACUUGAUAUAUGCUUAAUGCUUGACUUGUUUGUCUGCUUUGUUUAUGAAUAGUUAGGUAUAGAAUCCCUAAGCAUGUCCUUCACUACCAUUUUUCUGCUACCAACUCUAAGCCUUUUUUUUUUUUUUCCAAAGAUGUUGGGAUGAGGGCCUUUUGAAGGUUUUGAGAAUAGAGGGACUUGAACCCAUACAAUUUUGACUUUUUCUGGAAUAGCUGGCAGAGAUUUUUAUUUAUAUUUAUUAUUAUUUUUUUUUUAAAAUAAAGAGAUCUUUCAUUAGAAAAAGAAGAGCAAGACAACUUAAGGGCAGGGUUUGAGGAAACCCCCUUCGAAAACUACAUAAGAAUGACUCCAAUCUCUAAAAACAAUAGAGAGAUCGGCUGGGACCAACCUGGCUAGUCCCGUCAACCCACUAGGCACAGUUGGCCAUUAGGUCUCAAUCUUUGGGCUAGAUCUUCCUUGGGGCUUUAUUUUUGGGCACGAUUUGUUUCAUUUUAGGUCAUGAUUUGUGGGAUCUAUUUAGGAUUUAAUUUCACUCAUAACAGUUAUAAUUUUAGUUAACAAUUGUUCGUUUAUAUACUUUAACCAAUUACUAUUGUAUAGAAAAUUUUUCUUUGAUAUCAAACUUAGCGUAAUUCAACUGAUUAAGCAUAUAUUCUCCACUAAAAUGUCGGAAGUUUAAAUCCCUGUUCUACACAUAUUUGCAAAUAAGUUUUUAAAAAAACAUCCAUUUAAAAAUUUCAAAGAACUCUAUCUAAACUAUUUUAGAUUGGUUUUUCUUCUCUUUCAAAAAGAGUAUUAUUGAAAUGAUAAGACAAUUAGAAAGGGCCCAAUUUGAGCAAGUUCAUGGGCCUCCAUAUUAUUUUAGUAUUAUUYUAGGGGCAACUAGAGGAAUGACUAUAUUAAAUAGUGCCAGCCAAAAGUAUACAAUAUCAUAAAAAUGACUACAAAGUAGUUAUAGUUCAAUGCUAGAAUUUUAUGUGGACAAAUAUACCCUUCYACCAAAAUAGCUAAAAUUAUCUUACAAUUACCCCUAAAAAUUUUAUGGCAAAAAUACCCUUGAAACAACUUUUUGCUACAGCUUAGGAAAUAUUACUUAAUCAAAUUUUUAGUUUAAAAAUUUUCUAUUCCUGUGGCACCACCAAGUGAGCUAGGAGCUCACUGCAUACUACCAGAAAAGAGUCAAAAGAAGAAGCUCUAUCUUCAAAAAUCAUAUGAUUCCUUCCAAGCUAAGUAUUCCAAAGGAGAGCUCUGACAACACAAGACCAUAGGACGUUUCCUUUCCCUUGCAGCCGCCACCCUUGAAGAACUUCAACCUGCCAAUCCUCUACAGAGUGCGACAUACAACCAGGCUAGCCAAAAAGGUGACCUAGAUAUGAUUCUUAAUGGAUGCACCACGCCCACUGGGUGGUGCUUCUCAAAUUCCAGGUUUUGUAUUCCUAGCCGUUCUACUGCCUCGCGUACUCCAGGUUGCAGUAUGCAAACUGCUAGGAUUAGGAGUUCAUGGGAACCUCGUUUAGAGCAUCAGACAUGUUUCUCUAAAGUAGGUCUCUUACCCUUAAAACUACGUGCUGCUUCUUCCCCUCUCUUAAGUGGGGAUCUUGGUGGCUUGCUACAUACAAUCCCAAGGUUACCAAGGCAAAAAAGAAUUGGCAUGACACCACAAGCAUCCAAGGAUGUCCCUACGAGUUUCCGUUUYCCUCCAAUGACGACGAAACCGAAAUGGUGGUGGAGGACACUAGCAUGCCUACCCUAUCUAAUGCCCCUUCACGAAACUUGGAUGUAUGCUGAAACAGCAUACCAUCUACACCCGUUCCUGGAGGACUUUGAAUUCGCGACAUAUCCCUUUCUCGGAGCCAUUGGGAGACUCCCAAGUUGGUUCUUGAUGGCAUAUUUUUUCGUUGCCUAUCUAGGAGUUGUAAGAAGGAAGGAAUGGCCACACUUCUUGAGAUUUCAUGUAGUUAUGGGCAUGUUGUUGGAGAUUGCCCUGCAAGUGAUUGGUACAGUAAGUCGUUGGAUGCCCCUUGCAGUCUAUUGGGGUAAAUUUGGGAUGCACUUUUGGACYGCCGUUUCAUUUGCUUACCUAUUCACGGUCUUGGAAUGCAUACGCUGUGCUCUUGCAGGCAUGUAUGCUGAUAUCCCCUUCAUCUGCGAUGCAGCCUACAUCCAGAUUCCAUAUGAUUAAUGACUCUCCGGUUUUUUCUCUCACACCGUGUGAGUAGACAUGUAAGUUUACUACUGCCCUUGUAAAGUGCAGUUGGAAAUGAGCAUUGAACAUACCGAAGAUGGCCAUUCUCUUUAUUCACUCUUUUGGCAUUUUCGUUGAGAGUUGUAAAAGUUUUCAGGUAGUCUUUGGAAAACUAGUAUCUUUGUCCUUGUAGAAAUUGAGCAUUCUGUAUGGAAGAGCUGGAGAAAAUUCAUCCCCACUCCUCUGAGAGGGUAAAUCUGUUAAAUUUAACUUCAAACUUCUCUGCUUUCUUGUGGGCUUUGAUUGAUAAUUUUUCUUUCCUUUACUCCAAAACUAUUUUACUCUUGAGAAAACAUUCAACUUCA